UAUUUAUUUGAGUUUCACGGGCUUUAUUCUUCGUCGGUACUUCGACCUCGAUUUAUUGCUGGUAACAGGUGACUCGUAACGGAGACUUUGGAACUAACGACAGCCGAUCUGUUUCAUCGGUUGGACACUUCGUGUUCGUAGCAAGUGAGUACUUUGAGGUUAAAAUUCUUGUAGAGUGAAGUCUUGUAUGAAACAAGUGUUAGGUAAUAUUUCUAACAAUGGCAGGUGUUCUCAAGAAGACCACACGUUUAACAGGACUGGCUGUGUGCAAAACUCCUCAUGAGGAUAUAAUUCCGAUAUAUAAUAAACUUCUGAAAUUGUUAGAGAAGUUUCCGCAGGAUUAUACUUAUCGGACAGAAACAGAGAAACUCGUCAAAAACAGAUUGGACAUUGUGCAGAAAAACACCAACAUAUUAACUAUAGAAGAAAAGAUAGGCUGUGGACAAUUCGAAGAAAUUUUAAUACAAGCCAAAAGCGAAGUAUCAUUAGCACAGAAAAUGCUAGAAUGGAAACCUUGGGAGAAAUUAAUACAGGAGGCACCAGCCAAUCAGUGGACAUGGCCGCCACAUAAGUAAAUUUAAUUAUAGAUGUUUGUAUAUAGUAUUUAACACUGAUAUCAGUGCAAAUGAAUUGUAAUUAGUUUAGUAUUCAAGAAUAUGAUAUAUCUCAAUAUGGUAUGCUGUUGGUUAAUAAAUAUUUCCUGCAAAUUUA